UGCCCCGUGGGGCCGAUCGCGGCGCCGGGCCGUGCCCGGGGGGGCCGGCGGGACUCGGGGGCGGGUGCCCCGGCGCGUGUCCUGGCCUCUGCCCGGGGCGGGGCCCGCAGCCGGAGCGGGGCCGGGGCGGGGUGAGACGGGCCCUGCCCUGUCGCGGGCCGCCUCGGCCCUUCCUCGCCGCGGCUGAGAAGCGAGCGGGCCGGGCCGGGCCGAGGGUGGCUGGGUCGGGCGGCGGCGGCGGGGCCGCGGGAAGCCGUGCGCUGGCGGAACGGGCGGCGAUUCCCCGCUCCUUUCUCGGGAGGCGGCCGAGCGGCCGAGCCCCUGCUCCGGUCCCCGGUGAGUCCGGCUGCCGCUGCGGCCCCUCGGUGUCGCCGGGGCUCGGCGUUCACUGACGCGCGCGGCCUGGCCGGUGCCUGGUGUCACGGCCCGGGCCGGGCUCCCGGUCCGCCGCCCGGGGGGGGUGCGGGGGGGGGGUGCCGGGUUCUCCGUUUUGUGUUAAAUCCCACAGGCCGCCCGGCCGCUCGGAGUUAAGCGCGAGCGUCGGGCUUGCAGGCUCCGUGUCUGAACUGGUCGUUAUUAGUUUAUACAGCUUCCGGAACAGCAGCGGGUUUGUAUACGGCUUUUAGCACGGCGGCUUCCUUGUUGAUUGUUUUCAUAAUGUACAGGAGGGCUUGUGGCUCCUCCGAGACUAACCCAUUUCUUAGCGCGUAAGCUUUCCUGAGCUACAGCCCACUUCAUCCGAUGCAUGCCGUGGAAAAUACUUCCACCCCUGGUUAACACCUGAAAUGCAUUAACCCAUGGAGUUGCCCAAAAACAAUUAACUGCAGCGGAAAAGGGCACUCCCGCCAUCCAUUUGGCAGGUGCACAGAAGCAACAUACACUGGGGGAACAAAUUCAGGUUUUACAAGAGCAGAGUGACAUGGAAUCCACACUCCUGGAGUGAAAGAGAAGAAGCGACAUUUUGAUAAAUGGAAGCCAUGAAGAUACCAAAACUGUUCUAUGGUUUGGGGCUUUUUGCAUGUGUAGCUAUUUAUGUGGUUUAUAUAAAAUGGCAUGUGGACUCCAAACCAAUCUCGGCUAUAACAGAAGGUGCUACUGAAAGUAGGAGAGACAAACUAGACCAUCCGACUUUGACGGCUGAUCAUGCAGUGUUCUAUGGAAUUAUGUUUGACGCUGGAAGCACUGGAACUAGAAUACAUAUUUUUAAAUUUACACAGAAAUCAAAAGAGACUCCCAAAUUAACCCAUGAAACAUUUAAAGCACUGAAGCCAGGACUCUCUGCUUAUGCUGAUGAUGUUGAUAAGAGUGCUCAGGGGAUACAAGAACUUCUAGAAGUUGCUAAAGAUGAGGUUCCUAUGGAGUUGUGGAAGUUUACUCCUUUGGUCCUUAAAGCAACAGCUGGUUUACGGCUGUUGCCAGGAGAUAAAGCUCAGAAGUUGCUGGAUAAGGUAAAAGAAAUUUUCCAGGCAUCUCCUUUCUUUGUAAGGGAUGACUGUGUCUCCAUAAUGAAUGGAACUGAUGAAGGAAUUUCGGCCUGGAUCACGAUCAACUUUUUAACAGGUAGCUUAAAUGCUUCAAGAAAAAGAAGUGUAGGAAUGCUGGAUUUAGGAGGUGGAUCAACACAAAUGACAUUUCUUCCAGUCACUGAGAUAACUCUCCAAACAUCACCAGCUGGCCAUAUCACUUCAUUUCAGAUGUUUAACAACACAUACAAACUGUAUUCGUACAGUUACCUGGGACUCGGGUUAAUGUCAGCAAGGCUUGCGAUUUUAGGCGGCAUUGAGGGACAAGCCUUAAAGGAAGGAGAGGAGCUAAUUAGUCCCUGUUUAUCACCCGGCUUCCAGUGUGAGUGGGAACAUGCUGAAAUAGUGUACAGAAUUAAAGGACAGAAGGCAGGAGAGCAUCUGUAUGAAUCCUGUGCUAACAAAGUUGCAAAACUGCUCUACAAGAAGGUGCAUAAAACAGAAGUAGUAAAGGAUUUGGAUUUUUAUGCUUUCUCCUAUUAUUAUGACUGUGCAGCGGAGGUUGGUCUAAUAGAUAAGGGAAAAGGAGGUAGCCUGACAGUCAGUGACUUUGAAAUUGCAGCCAAGUAUGUGUGUAAGACCAUGGAGGUGAAGCCGGGAGACAAUCCUUUCCUUUGCAUGGACCUCACCUAUAUCAGUUUGCUACUGCAAGAACUGGGCUUUCCAAAAAGCCAGGUGUUUCAGCUUGCCCGAAAAAUUGACAAUGUCGAAACAAGCUGGGCUUUGGGAGCCACCUUUCACUACCUUGAUUCACUUCACAGGCUGCAAUACUAAGGCUUCUGGGCCUAAACCCUCAAAUGGAUUUUGAGUACUUCAGUCUAUGGGUACCCAGCCUAAGGGGACUUACAGGCGACUGAUUUUGCUCACUCUUUCUGAUAAUCAGACCCUUUUAAAAGGUGAUCUUAAGUUGGGCACCCAAAAUCCCAAUUUAUGAAAAUACAGAGCAUGGCAGCUAAAGAAUUCGCCAUUGAUCUUGCAGUGUUUGUAGAAGACUUGAUGUUAAAGUAGAUCAUCUUGGUGAGAAUUCUGGGAUUCAUUAAGGGGCUUUGUUCACAACGCAACUACAAAUUCUAUGAGAAAAGUACACCUUUGUGGAACAUGUCUGAGUCAUUUUUGCUUGUAAUAUGCUGAGGUCAAUGUUAGAAAUGGCCACUCCAGAUGGACCUCUUCUUUUAUGGUUCUGAUUUAUAAUAUAUUUCUUUGGUAAUGGUCUCUGGUGAAUUUUUAACUAUUGAAAUGUUUGAAAAUUAAUGUAUGUAAGUGAAGACAAUGGCAUUGCCUAGCCAAGCUGCUGGUAAGAGCUGAUGUUGGCUUUGGAAUGCAGUGUGGGAGACUUGAUUCUGCUGGAGUAUGGCUAAGCUUUUGGCCCCCUAUUCCAGCAGAACUCGGGCAUAUUGUGGAGAUGACGGGCACACUUAAGGAUCUGAGCCACAGCCCAUUGCAAUCUAUGGGAGCUCUUCAUUGGCCCUAAAGGCUGAGGUACUUUAGGCACUUGCUGUGGGAGGUGGGGUGGUGGAACUCCAUUUCAGUCCUUCAGGGGAGUCCCAGGCAGCAUGACUUCACUGGGACUGGAAGGGAGAUGGGGCUUUGGAGUUGGUACAGGCCUCCUAUAGGGCUGGUAGCCUCCUGCUGCUCCCCUGAGAUCUGCAGGGCUUGAGGGGCCAAACGCUUACCACCACUCCCAAGUGGAAGAAUUUUGGAGGACACACUGCCAGAACCACCUGCUUCCUCAGGCCCCCUGCUGCUGGAUUUCCUGGGCAGUUGGUAUUCAUCACCCUAACAUGAAGUGUUAACUAGUAAAACGGGUAGUUCCUAGAUUGGUAUGUUGGGAGUGCAUCAGGGCAUGUAUUUUAAUCUUCAGUGAUGGUGAGAAGAAUCUGUCAUGUGGUUUUGUGGGGGGCAGUACUUACACACGUCCACAUAUACUUGAAAUUUGUUGCUGCUUGAAUAGGUGUAGCCGUUAAUUAACAUAACUUCAUACAGGAAAAAUCCUGAGCCUGGUGUAUCUCUGGGUUUCAGAGGCGUGGAACCUGAAGAGACUGUUGCUAUUAACCAGUGCUUGGAGUGCCCCUGUCUCCCUUGGAUAGAUGAAUGUAUUGUUGCUGCCCUGAGCAUGGAUUGCAGAAGCCUGAGCUGUGAGGAGGCAGGAGGCACAGCAGAGGUGGUUGGCACUUCUAUCGGUGUACUGUAUGCAGGGGGACGGCUGUUCCUCACACACACACUGCAAUAGGGAAACAAUGUAAGUUAUCCAUAAGUAGUGGAUUACGUCCUGUUAAUACGUAGUCAGCACAGACACUAGCCGGUUUUUAAUAUUUUAUAAGGGCCUUAUCCAAAGCCCCAUACAGUCACUAGAAGUCUGUCCAAGGACUUUGGGUUAGACCCUAAUUGAAUAAAGCUCAAUCUUCAUUGCCUGAGAAGCACAAACUUGGUGUAAAACCCAUGUGGGGAAACUCAUCAGAUUUUUCUAAAAUGUUGUUCUGCUUGUCGUUGGCGUUUUCUCUGUCAAGUAGCAUGUAUGUUACUGUACGAUGAAUAUUUGAAAACUAUUUUAUUGGCAAUAAAAUUUUAAUUAUAAA